UCUCCUCGGUGACGUCAUCCACAUGAGACGGGCUUUCCGAGAGGACCUUCCGAGAGCAGCAGGGAGGUGGAAGUGGGCGAAAUGGCGCUGCCCGCGGUCAAGGCUGUGUUGCAUGGAGUCCGGAGGGGAAGAAGUUUUAGCACGACCGCUUUACUCUGCUUACGUGGGAUACCUUUGGGACCAAUGCCUAAUGAAGAUAUUGAUGUGAGUAAUUUGGAAGCACUGGAAAAAUACCGUGUCUUCACUCGUUACUUCAAGGUAGCAGAGGAAAAGAGUAAAGAGUUUCCUUGGUGGUCAACCUAUAAGAAGCACAUCACUCCUCAGCAAGAACCAAAGAUAGACAUAGGUCUACCUCGCUUUCGGACAGCUUGGAAGGAACAACUUAAGGAGAGAAAACACAUAAGGAAACAAAAUUUAAAAAAUCCAGACCUGGAAAGAGCAUCCCGCUUGAAUACAUUGUUGAUUCCACUUGAUGAUGUCAAGGCUGAAUGGGAAAGAACCAGUGGCCCAUAUCAUAAGCAACGAGUAGCAGAACACUACGGGCUGUACCAGGACUUAUUUGGUGAUGCCACAUUUCUUCCCCAAGUUAUUCUGAGAGUGGAAUAUAGCCAAGAUGAAGAACAUGUUACGCCAGUUUAUUGUGGGAAUUUAAUCACACCUACAGAGGCUCUUAACCCUCCUGAAGUCUCUUUUGAAGCAGAUGAAGGAUCCUUAUGGACCCUGCUGCUCACUAAUCUGGAUGGACACCUUCGUGACUCCAAUUUGGAAUAUGUCCACUGGUUGGUGGCAAACAUUCCAGGUAACAGGAUAGAGGAGGGUGAAGAGAUCUGUCAUUACUUCCCUGCAUUCCCUGCAAAAGGAACUGGAUACCAUCGCUACGUAUUCCUCCUUUUCAAGCAGGACCAACAAAUUGAUUUCACUGAAGAUGUCCGGCCAAAACCAUGCCACAGCCUAAAUAUGAGAACCUUUAAGACAUUUGACUUCUACAAGAAGCAUCAGAGUGACAUGACACCAGCAGGGCUGGCAUUCUUUCAGUGCCAUUGGGAUGAUUCUGUUACAAAGAUCUUUCACCAGGUUCUCGAUAUGAAGGAGCCAGUGUUUGACUUUGUGCGGCCUCCCCCGUAUCACCCUCCACAGAAGAGGUUUCCCCACCGCCAGCCUCUGAGGUAUCUGGACAGGUACAGGGAUACCGAUGAACCUGUCUACAAAAGAUACUGAGGGACCUGCCACUCUUCUAUUCCAAUGGGGCUGCGAACUGAGCCGCUACUGUGCAACAAGGUUUCUACACAUCAGUCACACAUCUGAUCCAGAAAUCGGGAAGCACAAGGGGCACAGUGGGGCUUGCUACAAACCAUCAGUCCCCUCGCUCACCAUUUGAAAGGCUGAUGCAGCAGAUCUCCAGCUUGUGUAUGAAUUGCCAUGAAUAAUACACUCUUGCAGUAAAGAAGUUCAAAAGCCAGCGAUUCUUCCAGUCAAGGCAGUUGGCUUUGCCACUGAAUUGUUGAGCCAUCUCAGUAGCACAUGCUCAUUUGAACCGUAUCAGACAAUACGUGGAUGCUCAGUGGCUACAAAAAUGCUGCAAUAUGUAUGGCAUUUAAAGUAUGAAUAAACCUAUGUUAAAAAUCAUAAUGGAAAGUGGAAGAAGCACACUGGAGAAAUGACAGACAUCAGUGGUGUCAGACUGUCUAGAGUAUCUGUUAAUAUAAUUUCAUGGUUAUGGAGGCAUGGGUUUGAGAAUGUGUUCAUGUGGGUUGAAGGGCAGUAAUGAAUAAAACUGAACGGAACAGCAAAAAUACGUGUCUUGCACUGCAGUUAA